UUUACGUCUAGUGGGCCAUAAAUAGUCAUAAUUAUGUCAAAUUUGACUCUAGUUUAGGUAGUUUUACAUUUUAGAUUUACUUCUGUAGUGUAGAGUGUAGAAAUACCAUGUCGGAAAAUUUUGACCCUCCACCAAAAUUACCCGACCGUGAAGAUGCAAACGCCCCUCAACCAGGGGAUACCCCCAACGAACGCCGCACUUCGGACGAGAAACGCCGAGUUAAAGUGUCUCUCCCGGAAAUCGAAUUAAACCAAGCAUUCAAAGAGGAAAAACCGGACGAUUACUUAUCACUCAAGAGUGUUAGUUUGAGUUCGAUUUGGUCAAUUUUGAAAAAAGACGCGGAGCGAACGAUCAAAGAGGAAACCGAAAUUGACCGAGACCUGCUUUUUGCGUCCGCCGGUUCGGAAAAAAGCGCAGAAUCCUCAAGAAAAACCGUAUCUCCUCCACGGAGCAUCAGAUCUGAACACGUUUCCGGACCGGAAAUGUCGGAUGUUUACGAACAACCUAUGGAACACGAUGAUAUUAGUUAUGCCAUUCCGGAGGAUUUUAUUACGAAAACGCGCAGAUCAACGGUCUCGUCCAGCAUUCACUUCGUCUCAGACGACUUCGUAAAGUGCGUAAAGUCGCUAGAUAUGGCCACGAUAGCCGAAGAAGAUGAAACGAGAGAAUUCGGCGAUGAAGACAUUGAAGACAUAGCAAUUGAUAGAAAGUUGUACAGUGAACUGUACACUAUAUUUGAGAUAAGAAGGUACAAGGAAAAACUCAUAAAUAACUAUCUGCAAGCGAGACUCGCCAAAUAUUACAUGAGGCGUAAAAUGUUUUACGUUUUGAGAGAAAUGACGCCGAAAGUGGACGAAGUUAUUGCAAAGUAUCAUAAAGACUUGGAAAGUUUGGAACAUUUGUGUGAUUCAGCCGAACGAGACAAGGCACUCAAUAACGAAGAAAUCAAAAAUUUGACCUUGAAACGUGACGCUAAAGUGGUCGAUUUGGAAACACUGUUCAAAAAUUUGAUACAUAUGGAACAGGAAUUUGCGAAAACGCUCACUUUGGAAAAAACCGGGCGCACUAACGUCGACAAGAUGACGGAGCGUUUUGUGAGGAGGCAAAAAAAUCAGACGAAUCUUUUGAUAAAAUUACGAAUGAGUUACAUCAAUUUACGGAAUCGAUUCAACGAAAAAAUGACGACUUACGAAAAUUUGGAUUCUUUGGGUCCGGGUUACGGAAUUAUGGAUUACGUACAGUUGAAGGCCGACAAUCGAAAAUUGUACGACAUUUUGGAAGAGAAGGAAGCGGAAUUAACGAAAUUACGUCUGGCUUGUAAGGACACGAUUCAGGUUUUGGCACACAAUCGUGAGAAAUCGCAAGUCGUCAAUUUGGAUAUUGAGAAAUUGAAGGAAGAGUUACAAGUUACAGAGACGGAGCUUAACGAUGCGCGCGAACAACUGAACUAUUUGAAGCGCGAGCGAGAUAAUUAUAGGAAAAUAAUAAAAAAUAUUCGUCUUGAAUACGGUUUGUUGACGAAUCCCAAACUCCUACGUGAUAUGGAAAGCGCAAUAAAUGAAAUUGACGUCUUGAAGGAUGAUAUCGAAAGGACGAAAAAUAAAUAUUUCCUGAAACGAAAACAAACCGAAGCGGUUCGUCGAAACAUGGAGCUGUAUUUGGCGGAGAGAAAGCGUGAAGAAGGCCGCCGAUUGAAAAUUUUGGAGAGUGUUAGUAGUUUAGAAAUUAAAAAGAAACCGACACUUGUCAAGAAAAAGAGCGAACCGGGGAUGGGUUUCGGAUCGAAAAAGAGCGUCUCAAUUGUAGACUUACCCAAAAGAAAGAAAGAUUAAUUGAUUUUUUAAUAAAUAAAACAAUUCAUUCCAUAUAGAAAAUAUAUUUGGCAACGAUUAACAUUAAUUGGUCCUUAAAAACAAAGUGCUACAAUUAUCACAGUGAUUCCUUAAAAUUACCAAAAAAUAACAAAAUUGUACUUAUUUAUCUUGUCUUAUGGCCCAGACUAGCGGCUCGUCUCGUUUUGAGGCCCGUUUCUUGCUCCUAAUCCGUACUUCACUUUUCUUAAACCUACGAUCAGUUAUCGUAACAUUGACCUCGUUCACAUCUACGACUUCUUGUGGCGCCAAGUUCCGGUAAAGUCCCACAUUUUCACGAACUUUUCUCGGGUUUGUGUCAAAUAGACGAUUUUUCAUUUUUGGAAAUUCAUAAAAAUCGGGCUUUUCCACGAUGUAGUUUUGAAUCUGUUGUAGGAAAUUUUGAUAGGAAUAUUUGUAAGUGUCGUGGUAGUAAGGCUGAAAGGCCGUUUCGUCCGAAACGCAUUGCAUGGCCAACCACGAAUGCACCAGUAACAGGGGAAACCGCUUCGUCCAGUAAC